AUGUUCGACAGUGGCUGCGCGAGGUGCCGGAGACCUGGACGGCUCGCAAGGCCAAGGAGAUUCAAGGAUACGCGGAUCGUAAAGAAUGGAAGAAAUUCUCCGCAAUCAGAGCCGUUUAGUUCGCCGAUCAAAGCAACUACACCUAUUCUCAGCGCCGAUGAAACCGUCCUAUUGACUGAAAAGACACAAAUUCUACGUCGAAGAGCCGAGCACUUCAGCGGCUUCCUCAACCACCGCUCCACCAUCUCUGAGGCCGCCAUCCCCCCUUCUCUGCCUGAAGUGGAGUCCAACGCCGACCUCGACCUCCCGCCCUCUCUCCACGAAACCACCAAGGCUGUGCAACAGCUCUCCAACGGAAAUACAUCCGGAUCGGAUGUGAUCCCUGUUGAGAUCUACAAGCACGGUGGUCCCCAACUAGUGGAUCAUCUGACGGCGAUCUUCCAGGAGAUGGGACGUCAAGAAGAAGUCCCGCAGGAUUUCAAGGACGUCACAAUCGUUCACCUCUACAGGCGGGAUUGGAACCACCAAACCUGCGAUAAUUACCAGGGCAUCUCCCUGCUGAACAUCGCCGGGAAAAUAUUCGCUCACCUUCUUCUCAAGCGCCUGAACAACCAUUUGGAACAGGGUAUCCUACCGGAAAGUCAAUGCUACUUCGGCCGUCAUUGUGGAACCACCGAUAUGAUCUUCGUCGCCCGCCGACUACAGAAGCGUCAGGAGAUACCGGUCCACCCCUACUCUAUCUUCGUGGAUCUGACGAAAGCCUUCGACACGGUGAAUCGCGAUCGAAUGUGGAAAAUUAUGCGAAAAUUCGGCUGUCCCGAACGAUUCACUCAGAUGGUGCGUCGACUCCAUGAUGGCAUGACGGUGUGCCUCACGGACAAUAUAGUCGUCUCAGAGACAUUCACAGUGACCAAUGGAGUAAAGUAG